UCCUCCUCGUAGAUCGCUCUCCCUCCCCCGUUCUUAUGAAAUCCCACCGCCACCGGUGGAGAGAGACGGAGCGACUCGCAAAUUUUGCAGGGAAGCAGCAACUAAACCCUACUAGUCCCGCUGCCUCGCCGGCCGCUCCCGAAUCCCUUAUGGACGGGGCCUGCGCCUGCGGCGGCUCUGGCUCUGGCUCGUCGGAGGCCGCGGGGGAGUCCUCGUCGGCGUCAGUCUCGUCGUGCGGCUCCGUGUCGCGGCUGCAGAAGGGGGUGCGCCUGCGGCGGCGGGGGCGGCGGCGGCUGGUGGUGGUUGCCCCGGGAGGAGACGGGAGAGGCGCGGCCGGCGGCGCGCAGGACCUCGCGCUGCCUCUCGGGAUGUCCUUCGCGGCGGUUCUUGCCCAGGUUCUCAGUAGGAGCAAUUGUUCUGGACGAAGCUUACAACCUGAUUUCCUUUCAAAGAUGUGCACGUCCGCAGUGAAGGAGUCCUUAACAAAUAUAUAUGGUGACAGAUUCGACAAUUUCAUGAAACUCUUUGAGAAAUCAUUUGGCAGUACAUUGAGGACACUUCAGCUAAUUAAUGAGACACCUGUCUAUGAUGAGCAAGAUAAACCUCGAUGUUCUCACCAAGAUGGUACUUCUGUUGCUGAAAUCAAGAUAAGCGGUGCUGAUUCGCAAAGGCUGGUACAUGAUAUCCAGCAGAGUGAAUCGUUAAAUUCAAUGGAUGAUAAUCAAAUUAUUCUCCAUGCGGAUGCCAAUCAGCAGCUGGUUCAACUUCCUUGUAAAAAAGCGAGCCCAGAAUUUGAUCGGCACAUUCUUAAUGCAUUUGAGAGAUCCCUGAAUGAGCAGGCUCGUUCAAAUGAGCUCAAGGAACUUGAAAUAGGACUAAACAUGAGGAAAUUGCAAUUAAAGCAAUCUCAGAUAGCUCUCAGCUCAUACUCACACAUGCUAGAGAAGAUCAAAAUUUCUAUGGGAUUUCAGAAAGCUUCUUUCAGAGAGGAAAAAUUUAGGAUGCAAAUGGAGGAUAUAAGACAUGCUGAACUCCUCAAGAGGCUUAUAGAUAUGCUCCUUGCGGCAGUGGUAUUUAUGUCAAUCUGUUUUGGUUAUGGAACCUAUAUUUAUUCGUAUCAGCGUAUAAAAGCUGUUACUGCAGCUUGUGCAGCAGCUUCAAGGGAGCCCAAAUCUUGGUGGAUGCCAAAUUCAGUAUCAGCUUUCAAUUCAGGAUUGCUGUUUUUCAGGUGUCAUUUCAUAGCAGCAACAAGGAUCUCAUUUGGCAUGUUAAUGAUUCUUUUAAUUGCCUGGUUGAUAUUCCAGCGUUCCGCAAUGACUGGACCAAAUAUGCCAAUAACAUUCAAUGUUAUGUUAUUGGGAGUUCUCUGCGGUUUUGUUGGAAGGUUUUGUGUCGACACACUAGGUGGGGAUGGAAAUGUCUGGCUCUUUUUCUGGGAGGUUCUCUGCUUCGUCCAUUUAUUUGGGAACAGUCAGCCGUCUCUUUUACACCGCAUGCUUUAUGGUCCUGUUACUGUGACCGACAGAACGAAGGCAGUUGGUUUGCCAUAUUGGGUGCGCCGAUACACAUUUUAUGCUAUCCUGUCGAUCAUUCUCCCAUGCUUGGCUGGUUUGCUGCCUUUUGCUUCCUUGUCAGACUGGAAUGGGCAUGUGGUAGAAUAUAUGAUGUCCAAAUUCAUUGGAAUUAAUACUGAGGUUUGAGAGAUUGGAUGCAGCUAUGAGCACAACAGAAGAUCCUUGAUAUGUUUUCAGGUCGGAUGGAUUGCACUUGCAGUGUUGUUAUCAGAUAUUUAUCAGGUCUGACUGUUAUAAGAAGGGCUGUAUUUUUCAUGGGUUGCUCGGUUAUGUAGGUUAUUGGCGUGAGCAGAACUUGAUUGUUGAAUUGUCAGAUGGAGCAGCCAAGCAGGUUUUUGGUAAUUGUGUUCAUCUGCGCACCAUUGUCAAGUGCAAGAUGCUUCAUUUCCUACAUGUAAUUUCUUUUCAUCAGAGAAGUUCAGAAAUAUCAAUUAGACUACAAUCGCCUCUUUUUUUGUGGCUCUGAUGCAUAUGGGGUUUGUCCUCCAUAUUUGGGUAGUAUAUGUUGAUUUCUUCUUUUCUGAUUAUUUUCAUUUCGGUGUACACACUGCGGUUCCAUAUGCUGCACUUUGUACCUUCAACUGAACCAGAAAACCAGGCUGUCGUACUUAUUCAGGUAUAGUUACUCGGUAUGUAAGUUGUAAAUUGUAAUUGCAACAUGUCCGAUUCAUUAAUUCAUAUUUUGAUGCCAAUGUACAUGAUGGGGGCGUUUGUUGUAUGCACAUGUAAACUUCUGUAAAACAUUAUGCAGAUGAUGUACAGCCUUUGGUUUGUGAAUACUAAAUCAAAGAAUUUGUUUUUUCAGUUUUGUUGUAUGAACCAACUGG